AUGCCAACACUCUGGUGAGCCCAACAGUGACAGGGAGAGCAGUGGAGCCCAUAUGCCAACACUCUGGUGAGCCCAACAGUGACAGGGAGAGCAGUGGAGCCCAUGAGUUAGAGGAGGAGAGGGCCUGGCUUGGUGUCUCUGAGCAGGAUCUGGACAAGCCCGAGCUGAGCAUGCCAGAGCCAGUGACACUCGGCGUGGACAAGAAAGCAGUGGAGAAGAAGAGGGUGGAGAAGGUGGGAGCCAAGGGCAGCUCUGCUGGGCCUCCAGUGCCCAAGAGCCUCCCCGUGCAGAGCAAGGUGGAGCCCCCCAGCAUGGAUCCCACGGAGGAGCCACUCCUCUGGGAAGGGCUCACCCUCAACAAGUGCAUCGUGGUGGCCUCUGUCGUCGCCCUGCUCAGCGUCACCUUCCAGGUGCUCCAAGAAGUGGUCACCCCCAAGGAGGAGGAGGUCCCAGAGGUGGUGACAGCCCAGCCUGCCCCAAUGGAAAGCAGUGUGCUGGAGGAUGGUGAUGGUGAUGAAGAUGAUGAUGAUGAUGAUGAAGAUGACGAUUACGUCGAUCCUGACCCCAACCUGGCAGAACCCUGGAUCUUCAAGAAGUGGUUUGGCCGCACGACAUCAAAGGACAAGGACAAGGACGGGGAUGAGGACAAGGAUGAGGAUGAGGACAAGGAUGAAGAACCCACUGAUGUCCCUGAGGUGGAGUGUGGAGUGCCAUCCAUGAGGAGAAGAAAAAAGAAGGAGAAGACCAGGGAGAGCCGUGCCGCCCACGCAGAGCGGAGCAGCCCAAGGGAAGCACGAGCCAAGGACAGGACACGGGGGGACAAGCCUGGCAGAGCCCCCAGGACUCCCAGGGAGCAGGACCAGCAGCCCCAGAAGAAGCGGGACCGGGAGAGGAAAGAGAGGAAGGACAGGAAGGAGAGCCGGCGGGAGCGGGAUGAGUCCAGGAGGGAGGGGUGGAAGGGCCGUCCCGGCAGGGCCGAGGGCGGCCGGGAUGGCCCGAAGAGGGACUGGAAGCAGCAGAAGGGCAGGAAGCCCUGGGAGCCAGCCCAGGGCAAGGAGGGCAGGCCCAGGGAGGGCAAGAGGCACGACUGA